UUGCGCGCUAUGAUAAUGGGGCUAAUGUCAAAUCGAAACGUGCGAGGCGUAUUCUAUCGUUUACCGCGCGGUUGUCCCACUCAUUGUGUUUUGUUGUCGAUGCUUUUGUUGGUUGUUUCAUGCAAGAUUUGACUAGAAUGACAAAUAAGUUGAGAGAGGAUGUUGGUAGGCAAGUUUAGAAUGAUGUGAUGGUGCAUACUGCAUCUGGUUCUCAGGCCAUCUGCUCAGCGCCCCCUGAGGAAUGGAUGUGCCGAUCAUUUGCAACUCAACCACUGGAACCAAGCAAACAACAGCAUAGAAUUGCUUUAUCAUUGAUGCAGGUUCUGAGCAUGGCUGGACCACGAGGACAUUCAUUCCGCGGAGGCUGCGUUUAGUUGCGCUUUGAAAUGCAAGCCAUCGAAAAACGUCGCCAAUUUUGGGUGAUUCCACAUUAUAGGGUAAUCAAGAUUACAAAGCCUCGUGGAUGAGUAAACACUCCGAACGCCGGAAUCUCCCUAGACAAACAUCGUGCAGCAAGCCUAACUCAUUGCGAAAGAAGAAGUGUCAAAUCUAAAGAGCAAAUGACCAAUUGAUGAUUUUCCCGUCCCAGAGUCACCAUAUUGGAAAUCAUACUGCAAAAAUGGCGUCCCUCAGCUGCUCAAUGACGAUGCGCUCAACCAUAAAACUGCCAUAUGUGUCUCUCGCCUUUCGUUCUACUCUACUUUGUAAAUCACAGCUUUCUCAAAACUACAAUUACACAGUCAGACCUGCUUCCAUAGUUCCUAAACGCAGCUACUCAAUGGCUCGACCGACUGGCCUCAUAGCCUCCAAGGGCAUUGAGCUCCUCAGCUGGGGUACACCCAACGGCGUCAAAGCCCAUAUCCUUCUCGAAGAGCUUCGCGACGCAUAUGGGUUAGACUACACCAUACAAGGCAUCGACAUUGGACUCAAUGUUCAAAAGGAGCCUUGGUUCACUGCUAUCAACCCUAAUGGCCGUAUUCCUGUUCUUGUUGACCAUGAUAACAACGAUCUCGCUGUCUUCGAAGGCAAUGCGAUACUAAGCUAUUUGACAAGAAAAUAUGAUCCAGAGCAUAAGUUGUCAUUCAAGAUUGACGAUGAUGACUAUACUCGUGCUGAGUCAUGGAUUGGUUGGCAGCAUGGUGGAAUUGGGCCUAUGGAAGGACAGGCGUUUCAUUUCCUUGGUAUCAAGCCAGAAAUCCCAUACGCUAUACAGCGUUAUGUUGGCGAGACAGAGCGUCUCUUUGGUGUCCUCGACAAGCGUCUCGCAGACCGAGACUACAUCGUCGGACCCGGUAGAGGUCGCUACUCCAUCGCAGAUAUUGCCCUAGUCGGCUGGGCAGACCGUCUGCCUGGCACAUCAAUUUCGUAUGAUCAGUUCCCGAAUGUUAAAGCAUGGCUUGCUCGUAUACUGGAGAGACCUGCUGUGAAGCGGGGCUUGUUACUCCCGAGUGGUAAAGACAAACCGACAGGAUUGGAUCCUGUGGAUGAAGAGACGAGGAGGAAACGUGCAGAGCUUAAGGAGGUUAUUGACCAGGCUAAGGAGCAGUUUGGAUACAAGUAUUCGUCGCCUUAGCUGGUGAUGAUCUUCAGGUUGUGGGAGGGAAACUGUUGCAUUUGGGGAGAAAGGCAUCGGCGGGUAUAGAGAAGAUAUAUAGACUUUUGAAUGUAGUAUACCGGCUGCCUAAAAUUGAGACAACAUUUGCUUAUGGCCUAUAAUAGCUGGAUAUUGGAUAUUAGACGCAAGGACCAUAAAAGACUGCAGAGGCAAAAGGUUCACCACGUUAGGUGAGGAAUCCCUGAAGUCGAAGUUGAACC